GAAGCUGCUCUAAGUAGAGCCAUGCGAAGGCGUCUCUACUCCUCCCAUGCCAAUCAAUGUCAUCAAACCCGCAAAUUCUUUUCCUCUCUCCCGUCCCUCCUCAGGUCCUGCAAAACCCCACAUCACUUGGGUCAAGUUCACGCUCAUAUCGUCAAGAAAGGUCUCGAACAGGACCACUUCCUCAUCACCCUCUUCAUCUCCGUCGCCGCCUCCCUUUCAUACUGCACCUCCAUCUUCGAUCGCGUUCUCCGCCCCAGUAUUUGUCUCUGGAACAUUCUUCUCAAAAGGUACGCUAGUAAAUCGCCCUUUGUGAAAAGUCUUUCGCUUUUUAUGCGCAUGAGGAGAGAGGGUGGUGUUCCGGAUAAGUACACGUACCCUUCGGUGAUUAAGGCCUGUUCGACCGAGUGCAAGGUGUGGGAAGGGAGAGCGCUGCAUGGUUUGGCUGUGCGGAGUGGAUUAGAGGGGAAUAUCUUUGUGGGAACUAGUUUGGUUGAUCUUUAUGGGAAGUGUAUGGAGAUUCUGAGCGCACGCAAAGUGUUCGAUGAAAUGCGCCAGAAGAAUGUAGUUUCUUGGACAGCUUUGGUUGUGGGAUAUGUAAGUAUUGGUGAUUUUGCUGAGGCAAAGAGGGUGUUCGAGAAAAUGCCACAGAAGAAUGUGGCGUCUUGGAAUGCAUUGAUUGGUGGCCUGGUGAAACUGGGGGAUUUGAACAAUGCUAAAAGGAUUUUUGAUCAAAUGCCUGAGAAGGACGUGGUUUCUUAUACGAUAAUGAUUGAUGGGUAUGCAAAGGCAGGAGAUAUGGCGACUGCAAGAUCUUUGUUUGAACUGGCUCCAAAGAGAGAUAUUGUAGCUUGGUCAGCACUGAUUUCAGGAUAUGCACAAAAUGGUGAUCCUUAUGAAGCUAUAAAGAUUUUCACUGAAAUGGGUACUACAGGCAUAAAACCCGAUGAAUUUAUAAUUGUAAGCUUGAUGUCAGCAUGUUCCAAAGUGGGUAGCUUGGAAUUGGCUAUGUGGGUUGAUUCUCAUCUCUGCCAGAAUGCCAUUGAUCUUCAACAAUCGCAUGUCUUGGCAGCUCUUCUAGACAUGCAUGCAAAAUGUGGAAACAUGGAUGGAGCGAUAAAGUUAUUUGAGGAGAUGCCUAAACGGGACGUAGUUUCAUACUGUUCUAUGAUACAGGGAUUGUCUAUUCAUAGCCGAGGGGCUCAGGCUGUUGAGCUUUUCAACAGAAUGCUACAUGAAGGGUUGAUUCCAGAUGAGGUAGCAUUCACAGUAAUCCUAAAUGCUUGUAGCCAUGCUGGGCUUGUUGAGGAGGGUUUGCAUUAUUUCAGGACCAUGAAAAAUGAGUAUUCAUUAAUUCCCACGUCUGAUCAUUAUGCUUGUAUGGUUGAUCUUCUUAGUAGGACAGGACGGCUAAAAGAAGCCUACAAGCUUUUAAAAUCCAUGCCUGGGGAACCUCAUGCAGGUGCUUGGGGUGCUCUUCUUGGGGCCUGCAAGUUAUAUUGCAAUGUAGAGUUGGGGGAGGUGGUGGCAAGUAGACUGUUUGAGAUUGAGCCAUUGAAUCCUGGAAAUUAUGUGCUGUUGUCCAACAUUUAUGCAGCAGCCGAACAAUGGUUGGAUGUUUCUCUUUUGCGGAACAAAAUGAGGGAGCAAGGUGUCAAAAAAAUAGCUGGUUGCACUCGGGUUUACCGACAACUGGAUUUGGAUUCCCUGAACUAAUUGACUCUCACAAUUCAUCUACUUUUUGCUUUGUUAUGGGGGGCUGGAAUUACUGGGAUUUAACUCUAAUUUCCUUGUGCAAGAGAUGGAGCUGUUCCUGUACCUAUUCAGGAUCUAAGUAUUUCCCCUAGCACACAGCUUGACUACAUUGCUUGCAAAAUGAUUCAACAUUAACUGCAGUUUGGGAAAUACAAUCAAUGCUCCAUGGUUUUGUAGUUCCAAUAAUUGUCUGUGGAUCAAAUACUGCUACUCUUCCUCUCAGAUCUCUCUAAUAGUUGGAUGAUUAACCAAAACAUGAAAAUUGCAGGUGAAUUUAUUCAGGACUCUGGCAGUCUUAUUCUUUCUCCUCUCAACGGAAGGUGAAGUCUUGUAUAGAAAGGAUGUCUGUUAUUCAAGAAGCUCAGCUUAUCUCAGCCGUUAUGCACUAUCAAAGACUUACCCCUGCCAUCUCAUUUAGGAGAUGAAGGAAGGAGUGAAGAUUGAAUCCUAGACUUUGUUAGUCCAAAUUAGGGUUGUUAUUUGGCUUACACCUAUUUAAGAGGUGACAUGCAAAUCAGUAUGAAAAAGGAAAGCUUGAUGAUUUCAGGAGGCAAUCAAUUUUUGUAGGGUCAUUCCCAUUCAAUGUUAGUGUUGGAAAUCAAGGUUGUGAUUGUAUCUUUUACAACUCAUGCAUCAAAUGUACAUAAUUAGAAACAGCAAUAUAUGCACAGUGCUUGGAGACCGAGUUCCUGUAUAGCAUUUUGAUGAGGCUAAUGCUUGAAUCGUUUCCUGUAGGACUUUUCAAUUCUAUGUAUUUUCUCCUUGCUGCUUGACAGCCAGAUUAUUGUUAUU